ACUUCCGGCGGGCUGGAAGGCGACCGAGAGGGGCUGCGGCGGGGGGAGGCGGCCCCGGGGGACGGGGCCACGACGCCGUUCGCCGCCGCGCGGCAGGAGCCGCCCCCCCGCCCCGCCUCUCCUGCCCCGCAGCCCGGGGAUGCGCCCCGGCCCGCUGCCCAGCCCCUGAGGGCCGCCCCCCGCCGGCCCCAUCCCCAGUCAGCGGCGCCUUCCUCUGCCCCCCCAGCCCUCAGCGGCCAUGUCGGGGCUCGGCGGCGGGUCGCGCUACGCCGCCGAGUUCGUGCCCCCCCCCGAGUGCCCCGUGUUCGAGCCCAGCUGGGAGGAGUUCAGCGACCCCCUCGGCUUCAUCGGCCGCAUCCGCGGCCUGGCCGAGAAAACCGGCAUCUGCAAGAUCCGGCCCCCCAAGGACUGGCAGCCUCCAUUUGCCUGUGAAGUACAAAGUUUUCGUUUCACUCCACGAAUUCAGCGCCUGAAUGAACUGGAGGCAAUGACAAGAGUGAAGCUGGACUUCUUGGAUCAGUUAGCAAAAUUUUGGGAACUUCAAGGGUCCAAUUUAAAAAUCCCUGUGGUGGAGAGAAAAAUACUGGAUCUCUAUGGUCUGAGCAAGAUUGUUGCCAGCAAAGGAGGCUUUGAAGUAGUCACUAAAGAGAAGAAAUGGUCUAAAGUGGCAAGUCGGCUUGGCUACCUGCCAGGAAAAGGCACUGGGUCGUUACUAAAGUCUCAUUAUGAACGGAUCCUGUACCCCUAUGAGCUCUUCCAGUCUGGCGUCAGCCUUAUGGGCAUCCAAAAGCCAAACUUGGACCUUAAGGAAAAAGUCGAGGCUGAGGACCUCAGCUCAGAUGCCCAGGCUUCCCCAAAGCAAGGCUCAAGAAUGAACGUUGUGCUGAAGAGAACCAGGCGUGUCAAGUCCCAGGCGGAGGCAGGAGAGAUGAGUAGAAAUACUGAACUCAAGAAGCUGCAGAUCUUUGGAGCUGGACCCAAGAUGAUGGGACUGGCAUUGGGAGCAAAGGAUAAAGAAGAUGAGGUGACACGAAGACGCAAGGGAACCAGAUCAGAAGCAUUUGGAAUGCAGAUGAGGCAACGCAAAGGAACUCUUUCUGUCAACUUUGUUGACUUGUAUGUUUGCUUGUUCUGUGGCAGAGGAAAUAAUGAAGACAAACUGCUACUAUGCGAUGGAUGUGAUGACAGCUAUCACACUUUUUGCUUGAUUCCUCCUUUACCUGAUGUACCGAAAGGUGAUUGGAGGUGUCCAAAGUGUGUUGCAGAGGAAUGCAACAAACCCCGUGAGGCCUUUGGAUUUGAACAAGCUGUCAGGGAGUAUACUCUCCAGAGCUUUGGUGAAAUGGCUGAUAACUUCAAGUCUGAUUAUUUCAACAUGCCAGUCCACAUGGUUCCCACUGAGCUUGUGGAAAAGGAAUUCUGGAGAUUGGUGAGCAGCAUAGAAGAAGAUGUCAUUGUAGAAUAUGGAGCUGAUAUAUCAUCCAAGGACUUUGGAAGUGGCUUUCCAGUGAAGGAUGGCCGACGAAAGUUGAUGCCAGAGGAAGAGGAUUAUGCACUUUCUGGUUGGAACUUGAAUAACAUGCCAAUUCUGGAACAAUCAGUCCUUGCUCAUAUCAAUGCCGACAUCUCUGGCAUGAAGGUACCUUGGCUGUAUGUAGGGAUGUGCUUCUCCUCAUUUUGCUGGCAUAUUGAAGACCACUGGAGCUAUUCCAUCAACUACCUGCAUUGGGGAGAGCCAAAGACAUGGUAUGGUGUGCCCUCUCAUGCAGCAGAGCAACUGGAGGAUGUGAUGAAGGAGUUAGCUCCUGAGCUAUUUGAAUCCCAGCCUGAUCUCCUGCAUCAGCUGGUCACUAUCAUGAACCCCAACGUACUGAUGGAACAUGGUGUACCAGUAUACAGGACCAAUCAGUGCGCUGGCGAGUUUGUUGUGACCUUUCCUCGUGCCUAUCACUCUGGGUUUAACCAGGGAUACAACUUUGCUGAAGCUGUGAACUUCUGCACUGCUGACUGGCUUCCAAUUGGACGUCAGUGUGUGAGUCAUUACCGAAGGCUAGGACGUCAUUGUGUUUUCUCCCAUGAAGAGCUGAUCUUCAAGAUGGCUGCAGAUCCAGAGUGCUUGGAUGUUGGGCUGGCUGCCAUGGUCUGCAAGGAGAUGACAUUAAUGAUAGAGGAAGAAACACGCUUAAGGGAGUCUGUUGUACAGAUGGGAGUGUUGAUGUCUGAAGAAGAGGUGUUUGAACUUGUUCCAGAUGAUGAGCGUCAGUGCACAGCUUGCAGAACCACGUGCUUCUUGUCAGCUCUUACGUGUUCUUGUAAUCCUGAGCGUCUGGUGUGCCUAUACCAUCCAUCUGAUUUAUGUCCGUGUCCCAUGCAGAAGAAGUGUUUAAGGUACCGGUACCCACUGGAAGACCUUCCUUCUUUGCUGUAUGGAGUGAAAGUUAGAGCACAGUCUUAUGACACUUGGGUCAGUAGAGUUACAGAAGCUCUGUCUGCCAACCUCAACCACAAGAAAGAUGUAAUUGAGUUGAGAGUGAUGUUGGAAGAUGCUGAAGACAGAAAAUACCCAGAAAACGAUCUUUUCCGCAAGCUGAGAGAUGCAGUGAAAGAAGCAGAGACCUGUGCUUCAGUAGCACAGUUGCUUCUGAGCAAAAAGCAAAAACACAGCAGACAGAGCCAAGACAGUGGAAGGACACGGACCAAGCUGACGAUGGAGGAGCUGAAGGCAUUUGUGCAGCAAUUGUUUAGCUUACCCUGUGUUAUCAGCCAGGCCCGACAAGUAAAGAAUCUGCUUGAUGAUGUGGAAGAAUUUCAUGAGCGUGCCCAAGAAGCUAUGAUGGAUGAGAUCCCAGACUCUUCCAAGCUGCAAGAGUUGAUAGACAUGGGCUCUGGCCUUUAUGUAGAACUUCCUGAACUGCCAAGACUGAAGCAGGAACUGCAGCAGGCACGGUGGCUGGAUGAGGUGAGGUCCACCCUCUUGGAUCCCCAGAGGGUCACCCUAGAUGUGAUGAAGAAGCUGAUUGACUCAGGUGUGGGCUUGGCACCACACCAUGCUGUAGAGAAAGCCAUGGCUGAGCUGCAGGAGCUGCUUACAGUCUCAGAGAGGUGGGAGGAGAAGGCCAAGGUCUGCCUGCAGGCCAGACCACGCCAAAGUAUGAUGGCUCUGGAGGGGAUCGUGAAUGAAGCAAAGAACAUCCCUGCUUACCUGCCCAAUGUGCUGGCACUGAAAGAAGCCCUGCAGCGGGCUAGAGACUGGACAGCCAAAGUGGAGGCCAUUCAGAAUGGGAGCAACUAUGCCUACCUGGAGCAACUAGAGAACUUGUCUGCCAAAGGCCGCCCGAUACCAGUGCGCCUGGAUGCCUUGCCACAGCUGGAGUCACAGGUAGCUGCUGCACGGGCUUGGAGGGAGCGCACAGGAAGGACCUUCCUGAAGAAGAACUCAAGCUACAGUCUGUUACAGGUUCUGAGCCCUCGGACUGAUAUUGGCGUUUAUGGGAGCAGUAAGAAUAGGCGGAAGAGGGCAAAGGAGUUGAUGGAGAAGGAAAAGGAGAAAGAUCUUGACCUGGAAUCCCUAAGUGAACUGGAGGAUGGGCUGGAGGAGGCCAGGGACACUGCAGCUGUGGUGGCUGUAUUCAAGGAGCGGGAACAGAAGGAGAUUGAAGCCAUGCAUGCUCUCAGGGCAGCUAACCUGGCCAAGAUGACUAUGGUGGAUCGUAUCGAAGAAGUCAAAUUCUGUAUCUGUCGCAAAACAGCUAGUGGAUUCAUGCUGCAGUGCGAGCUAUGCAAAGACUGGUUUCAUAGUGGCUGUGUGCCCCUUCCCAAAACAAGUUCUCAGAAGAAGGGCUCUAGUUGGCAGGCCAAAGAAGUGAAGUUUUUGUGUCCACUUUGUAUGCGUUCUCGAAGGCCGCGACUUGAGACAAUACUGUCUCUGCUGGUGUCCCUGCAGAAGCUGCCUGUACGGCUGCCAGAAGGGGAGGCACUGCAGUGCUUGACAGAACGUGCCAUGAGUUGGCAGGACCGAGCACGACAGGCUUUGGCCACUGAUGAGUUGUCGUCUGCCUUGGCUAAGCUUUCUGUGCUCAGCCAGCGAAUGGUGGAGCAGGCAGCACGGGAGAAAACAGAGAAAAUAAUCAGUGCAGAGCUACAGAAAGCAGCAGCCAACCCAGACCUGCAGGGACACUUAACUAGUUUCCAGCAGUCAGCCUUUAACAGAGUGAUAGGGAGUGUGUCCUCAUCCCCACGGCAGACUUUGGAUUAUGAUGAUGAAGAGACAGACUCCGAUGAAGACAUCAGGGAGACAUAUGGCUAUGACAUAAAGGACAAUGCCAGUGUAAAAUCUUCUAGCAGCUUGGAGCCCAAUUUGUUUUGUGAUGAGGAAAUCCCUAUUAAAUCAGAGGAAGUGGUGACACACAUGUGGACUGCACCUUCGUUUUGUGCCGAACAUGCAUAUUCAUCUGCUUCUAAAAGCUGCUCUCAAGGUUCUAGCACUCCAAGAAAGCAGCCUCGGAAGAGUCCACUGGUACCUCGCAGUCUGGAGCCCCCUGUGUUGGAGCUGUCACCUGGAGCAAAGGCUCAGCUGGAAGAUCUAAUGAUGGUAGGAGAUCUACUAGAGGUAUCACUGGAUGAGACUCAGCACAUUUGGCGAAUUUUACAGGCUACUCAUCCACCCUCUGAGGACAGGUUCCUUCAUGUAAUGGAGGAUGACAGCAUGGAUGAGAAACCGCUGAAGAUGAGAGGGAGAGACUCUUCUGAGAGGAAGCGGAAACGAAAGCUGGAGAGAGCAGAACAGUUUUUUGGAGAUAUGAAGCAAAAAUCUAAAGAGCUGAAAAAACUAGAAAAACCCAAGAAAAAGAAGCUAAAACUGACCAUGGAUAAGACAAAGGAGCUGAACAAGCUGGCAAAGAAACUAGCUAAGGAAGAAGAGCGAAAGAAGAAACGAGAGAAGGCAGUUGUGGCAAAGGUGGAACUAACAAAGGAGAGCACAGAGAAGAAAAGAGAGAAGAAGGUUCUAGAUAUUCCUUCUAAGUAUGACUGGUCAGGAGCUGAGGAGUCGGAUGAUGAGAACGCUGUAUGUGCUGCACAAAACUGCCAGAGGCCCUGCAAGGACAAAGUGGACUGGGUGCAGUGUGAUGGUGGCUGCGAUGAGUGGUUUCAUCAAGUUUGCGUUGGUGUCUCUCCAGAAAUGGCUGAGAACGAGGAUUACAUCUGUAUAAACUGUGCAAAGAAACCGAUGCAGGGACCAAGUAGCCCUGCUCAUGCACCACCUCCUCCUUUCUUAUUGAGCUACAAACUACCAAUGGAAGAUCUUAAGGAGACAAGUUAGCAACUACUCGAUGGCUGGAACUUGCUGGGAAAUGGACCACUGAAACCCCUACAGAAAGAGAGGGUUUGAAGCUAAUGUAGCCACUGAGCUUCUCUUCCAAGGAUGUACAGACCUGCAGCAGAGUUGGUCCCUUCCUUACAGCUGGCUUCCUUCAUUCAGUGGGGACGUCAAGGCACAGUGGUACCGACUCAUCUAUGCAGACACCGCCUCAUUAGGAGCUCCAGCCAGUGUUUUGACUUGAGUAUUUCCAUCUUUGAGAGUGGCUGCUGCUUUUAAAGACUGAGCAAACCCGAGGCUGUUAGAUUAGACGCUUCAGGGUGUUAGAAGUACAUGUUGGCAGCGGAGCUGGCCUGGAAUUGGUGGGCUCAGGCUGGAGCUUUUAGCCCAACCAGGUUGCCCAAAGGAGGUGACUUUGGAAGUUAUCUUUUGCCUCCCCAUGCCAACCCACUGAGAAGGGCAAUGUCUUAGGAGAGUUAAGGUGCCUCCGUAUCCAGGCGGCUAACACUACACUAUAAGGAUGGGAGCAAGUGGAUGAAUUACUUUUAAUUUCUGUUUAGUAGCUAAAGGGCAGAGGAGCUCACGAUCUCAGAAAUCAGCAAAGGUUCUGUUUACCAAAAAGAAACCCAACUCUACUCCACUAGCAAAUGUUUUUCCUUAGUGGGGAACAGCUGAUCUUCCUGUCCUGUGGAGGGCCAGAAAAAAAAUUGAUGAAGAUGUCUAGCUAGACCAGAGCUUGCGAAAAGCAGAGCGCUUCCCUUUCCCCAGGGGUGCCCUCUCCUGUUCUAGGCUUUGCUUAGAGUUCUGCAUUCCUGCGCGUUAACGUUGCCUCACGCAGGAUGGAGCUGGCAAGGAGGUACAGCACCCAGGGCACCAGCUUCUGUGAUCUGUACCAGGGACGGGAAGGAAAGAAGACAGCCCACUUACCUCAGAGGUUACACUGACAUGUGCUUCUGUGAAAAGUUUCACUCACAACUAUUUCCAGUAUCACCAGGCUACGGGCAUGGCCUCAAGCGAUACCAGCAAGCAGUCUGCAGAUACUGUUCGCAGUGCAAAUCCCCCUCCCUGCUGGCUUUGCUGGAAGUGUACCAGUGUACAAUCAGCAGCAGUUCUUGUCUGAAGUUUCCCCUGGCUUUGCCAGAGGACCAGAGGGCUUGGGGUCAUCCUGGGUGACAGUUGUUUUAGUAAAUCCAUUUUUAAAGAAGGACUUGUUUUUACUUUUUUCUAAAUGUCUCAGACUACUGACUUGUUCUAUAAAUAGAUUAUUUUUCUUUGAUUUUUUUAUACUUACCACUGUUAACCAGCAGCACAGACAGAGGUUCACAAAGCAAAAACCUGCCCGUGGGCUUGGGUUUUUUUACUCCAUUCCUUCCUUGUAGUACAAGGAAUUAGCAGUUACCUUCCCCAUUCUAGCCUGACCAGCUGCCUGUGUUUAAAUAGGUAAAUACAUUUCAUGUGCUACCUUUGUGUUUGGGUUUGUUCCUAUUAGUGGGGCAUCUGGGCCUUAAUGACUCCAGUCAGUGCUGGCUUUGUGUAUGUGAAUGUCUGAAGCCAGCCACUGGGCUGUCUUGUCCCCCCCUCCACUCGCUCCCUAUUGUGUUUCCAUUCUUCUGCAGUUCUAGGAGUGUUGUAAGUAGUGUCCAGUCUUACUAGGAGCUGGAUUGGGAUUUAAAAAAAAAAACAUUGACAAAAACAAAAGUGUUCUGUCUUGACUGUUCUGUGUCCCUUCUCUUGUUCUCUGAUAUUUGGAAGUUUAUUUACCUGGCAGAAUUGUCCACCCCUCCAGAAAAAUUCAGCUCAGGUAGAUGAACUUUAUUGGUUUGUUUUAUUUGUGCCUGCUACCUGGGAAGAGGAAGUUGUACAAGAGAAAAGAACUAGGACGAAGGGCAGAAGAUGCAGGAUCUUGGGAGAUUUUUGAGUGCAAAUUGGGCACAGACUUCUAAUUCCUGUUCCUUAAAGACUAAAACGGUAUUAAAAGCAAGCUGUGGUUAAGCAUGUGGCUGAGCAGGCACCGUAGAAGACUUAAGAGUAUUAUUUGUUUACUUAUUUAUGAAGGAGUAUAUGCCAUAGCUAGACGUACCCUCUUUUUUGCCUCCAGUUAUGUUUUUUCUUCUCAUUGUACGUUUAGUUUUGGUAACCUGGUUGAAACAGAUGUUAUUUUCCUUCAGGCUUUAAGUGAUGGUACUACAUAAAUGUUUCCCUAUAUGGAGUGGAUAGACUCUCUGUCACAGAUGUUUAAUCGUUCCAGAAGUAGACUAGCACAAGAUUUCAUAAAGAAUCCCAGUGUUCUGUAUUCUUUCAUGACUCCUAGAAUUCGUGACACAACAGGGAAAAUACCGUCAGCAUAUCCUGUUAACCGUUGAGCAUAUCCUCUUAACCAUUAUUACGUUCUCUGUCGUGAUAAAAGUCCUUGUUAUAUGUAAUUUACCAUCAACUGGAAAGAGAUCUUCUAGUAAAUACGAAUUGAAUAUUCCUGUUUCUCUGAGUAGAAGGUGCGGUCACAACCAGAAGGAAACAAACAGCUAUACGAUGCAGUGGUCAAUCAUUCUGCUUGUAGCGGGCAUAGAAAACAGUAAACAGGAGAAAUGUGCAAGUAAUGUGCAAAUAGUCACAUUCUUAGUAGCUGUUUUUCAUGUAAUCGUAUUAGGAGGCUCUUUUUGUCUUUUUCUUAAACUUUCAAAAGGAGGUUGCCACACUUUCUCAGUUAGAGAUCUCCCAUCUGCUUUCGGGUAAGGUGUUCAUAAACUGAAGACCAUUUAUUAGCUUUACAUCUUACUGUUUAAAUGUUUAUUUUUAAAAGCAUAAUUCCGCUCGAAGGAUUGCUGAUAGUAUAAACUUUUGAAUAAAUGUUGACUUU